AUGGCCUUUCCCCUUACUUUAUCUCUGCCAUGCUCGUAUAAACAUAACGCUGGCCCCUCCCCGCCAACGGACACAGAGAUUCGAUCACCAGGCUUUAUUUCCAGUUUUGCUCUUCUGACUGACAGCGGGAUGAAGAUAGCUUGUCUUGUUCUUCUGUUGGCUACUUUGGCCUAUGCCAAUAAAGAGUUUCCAGCUAAGUUUCUCGGAUCCUGGACUGUUGCCCAUGAUGAGAAUUUCGACGAGUAUUUAACUGCUAAAGGUGAGCCUGGUAUUUAACUGCUAAAUGUUUCCUGUAGAUAGCGGAAACAAGUAUAAUGAUUACAUUCAGAAAUUUUUGUUUUGUCUUCGUCAAUAAAGUUUUAUUUUAGGAUAUGGAUGGUUCAUGAGAAAACUUGUUCGAAUGGCCAGCAUAACCAAAAUCUUCGAGAAAGCAGCCGAUCCAGGGAAGUACAACUGCAAGAUCCGGACCACCAAGAAGAAUGUGGACUGGCUGGGUUUUGAGAUGGAAAAAACUUUUGUUGGGGAAUAUCUAGACGACGCUAUGCACAACGUAUGCCAAAACACUAACUUAGAAAAUAUAAUAUUCAAAUUAAAUAACUCUGUCUUUUCCAGAUCACCUUCACCUAUGACCAAGCAAAGGACACACUUUUCGAGAAGCACACUGAUGCAACCAGUGAGAAGCCCACCAUUUACGAGUAUCAGAUCGUGAAAGACGAACUCAAAAUGAAAAUGCAGCAUGAAAAUGUUAUCUGUUACAGAUACUACACUAAAAAUAAGCCGGAAUAA